UUGUUCAUAUUUCGGAUGUUCUACUUCAUCUUGUAUUUAUCUUUUAUAACCUUGUUUGUGUUUACAAAAUGAAAUCUAACAAAAUACAAAAUUAGUUUUUGUAAAAUAUAUUUUGUGAAAUGUAACCCAGUGAAUUGCAAAUCUUCCAAGUUUAAAACUAAGUUAUUUCUAAAUAAUAAGGCAUUAUGUCGUCUGUUCAACGAUCUUUUGCACAAAAAUUGAACAAGCAACAUGCAGCCGAUGUUCGACGACAGAUUGCUACUUCAACUUCAUAUUCGAAGAAUUUAUCCAAAAGUGGAAGCAGUGUUUCUGGAUUUUCUUCAACGAUGUCUCUCUGUGAAGUAUUAGAACCUCUUGACUAUGAAGAGUUUUUACUUCAACAUCAAGCUGUUUUAGAUAGAGAUCCUCUAAAACCAAUAUUAGAUUUUCCUCCCAAUGAUGUCGAAGUAAGAGUCAUAAAAAGGAAAAUUCGAACAGAAGAACCAGUUAUUCCCUAUGAAUCUUUGGACACAGUAUCGCCGUAUGUAAGAAAAUGUAUCAAGACUUUUACAUCAGAUUGGGUUGUUGUACAUAGAAAAUUUAAAGCAAGAGCCGCUUCUAUUGCACGUGAUAAACUACUUCAAGAUAUACCAAAACAAGAUUUCGAGGUGGAUCAGGAUGAGACCCAUUGCUCCACUUCUCCUAACGAAGAUGAUGAAUUUUCGAAUUGUGGAAGUACGCCACGUGGUUCCUGGGCAAGUUUAGAUCUACGACAUUCUCAACAUGAUCCUCUCUUUCCAAAUAUACUAGAACGUGUUUGUCCUGAAAUAGUUGAUCAAAUGAAUGAACAAAAACGCUUGGAAGAUCGACAGGAAGCAUUCUUUCCUCUAUACUCACCACCUGCUUCAUUAGACGAUGAAUGGCAUGAAAUUAAUGCGGCUUUAGAACCAUCUGAAUCUUUUUCCCAUAAAAUUCUUGUCAAGUGUCUUCAAUUAAAAUUGGAACUUGAGGUUGAACCAAUUUUUGCCAGCUUAGCAUUAUAUGAUGCAAAAGAAAAGAAAAAGGUUUCAGAGAACUUUUACGUGGAUAUGAAUUCUGAGGGAAUUAAGAAAAUGUUGGGAAGUCAUGUCGCAUAUAGUGAUACAAGUACUUUAGCUAGAAGUUGUGUUUUUAAUAUAAAUAAACCGAGUUCAGAUCUAUUUUUGGUGAUAAGAUUAGAGAAAGUACUGCAGGGAGAUAUUACGGAGUGUGCAGAACCAUAUUUUCGAGACGAUAAAAAUAAAGACAAGGUACGAGUUGCAGCGUCAGCAGCUUGUGAACGUCUUGGUCGAUAUCGAAUGCCUCUAGCUUGGACUGCAAUACAUCUUUCUGGAGUAGUCACUGGAGGAAGCGAUAUGGAAAAUACAACAAGCGUAGGUUCCCUAGACAGAAAAUCUGGAAGUUUAGAGCAAUGGCGAAAAAAAGUGGAACCAUGUACCAGAAGAGGUUCUCUCGAAAGAAGAAAUUCAGAUAAAAGACGCAGUUGGUCUCCCGAUGAUUUUGCCAACUGCUUCGAAAGUUUUAGACCUAUUACAUUGACAGUAUCGAGUUUUUUCAAACAAGAAGCCGAAAGGCUAAGAGAUGAAGACUUGUACAAACUAUUAGUUGAGAUUCGUCGGCCAGGUUCAAAUUUAAAGCGACUUAAAUGCCUACCUGGUAUCUUGAAACUAGAUUUGAGUCCUAAACCAGAAGAUCUUCCACGAUGUUUAGAUCCUGAUCUAAGAAGACUUACACCGUAUCCUGACGAGAAAAGUCGCCCUGUUAAAGAAAUUCUCGAAUUUCGAAAUGAUGUUAUUUUACCCGAUCUUACAUAUCGAAAUCUUUUAUACAUAUACCCAAAGGAAGCUAAUUUCAGCUCAAGAACAGGUUCAGCACGAAAUAUUGCCGUUCGAAUACAAAUAAUGGAAGGUGAACAAGAGGAAAAUGCAUUGAUGGCAAUUUUUGGUCGUUCAUCGUGUCCAGAAAUGACUCACGAAUAUAUCACAUCAGUUUCAUAUCACAAUAAAAAUCCAAAUUUUUAUGAUGAAGUGAAAAUUCGUCUUCCCGCCGAUUUAAAUGCAAAUCAUCAUUUAUUAUUUACAUUUUAUCAUAUUAGUUGUCAGAAAAAAAUUGAGCAAACAAGUGUAGAAACACCCGUUGCCUACACAUGGUUACCAUUGUUGCGUGAGGGACAUUUACAAUUUGGUGAAUUUAAUUUACCGGCAAUGUUAGAUCCUCCACCUGCUAAUUAUUCAUACAUUGCACCUGAUGUACUUUUACCGGGUACUAAAUGGAUAGACGCCCAUCGUGGUGUUUUUACUCUUAUUCUAGAACCCAUUUCGAGUGUUCAUGCACAAGAUAAAUAUAUUGAUCGUUUUUUGUCAUUGUGCAAUUCAUUGGAAACUGGUCACGUACCACCGCGAAUUGGUGAAUCUGGCAUGGAAUCAGAAUUGAAAUCGGCACUAUUGGGAUUGGCUCGUGCUUCAAAUUCAGCGCUAGUAAGAUCGAUGCCACAGCUUUUUGAUCAGUUAAUUUCAAUUCUUGUUUGUCCGCCAACUUUGCCUUCGCAGCCGUUAAAUAUUGCAGCAACUGUUUUUGAAGCUAUUGGACUAUUAGUGAGGAAUGUGACAAAUUUACCUGAUGGUCAAAUUGAUGCCUAUGGACGGCACGCGUUAUUGGCGACUUAUACAAGUUAUCAGUGUACAUUACCACCAGUGCCACAUUUUCUUCGUCCUUUAAUGAUGCGAGCUCAAAGUAAUCCAGAUCUGCCAUUGGAGGAUCUUGAGAUGGAAAUACAUUCCCGUGGAUUGGAUAGAACGGCUUCAAUGCGUCAGGAAACACAGUCAGUGAAUAGUAAUACAUCGAGAAGGCUUUUGCAUGAGGAAUUAUGUCUUCAUUGGAUUGUAUCGACGGGACAAUCACGAGAACUUGCUACUUUACAUUCGUGGUUCUUUUUGGAAUUAAUAGUACGAUCUAUGGCUGUAACAUUGUCGGAAUUAGGAACACUUGAUGCAGUGAGAAAAAGUAGAUUUUCACCACAAUUUUGUGAUGAUAUUGCAACACUAGUGGCUGCUAUUUCAUCGGAAGUGAUAGCCCAUUGUGGAAAGGAUAAUAAAGUUUCAAUGAAUUUAAUUUCAAGUCUUGGUAAUUUUCUCUCUGAUCUUAUGUCACUAAUGGAUCGUGGUUUUGUUUUGUCUUUGUUGAAAACAACUUGCUCAACACUUUCUGAAGCUUCUAUACAAGUGCAAGAUUCAGCUGCUCUUUAUGCUUUAAAACUGGAUUUGGUGAAAACCGUUUGUACACAUGAGCACUAUGUUCCUUUGAAUUUACCAUUUGGAACGGGAUAUACAUCUGGAUCGGCGCCUGUUAGUCCGAGUCCUUCGACAGGUAGUUCUGGUAGUUUUAUAUCGACACUUGUGCCUGGUGAUCGAGCGCGUUUCUCUGAAUUGAGCCAAGAAUUUAGACAGCAACAUUUUCUCGUUGGACUUGUUUUAUCAGAUUUGUCAUACACUUUAGAAAUUCCAAAUCCAAUGCUUCAAAACAAGGCUAUCAGUACUAUUCGCUAUUUAAUGAACUUACAUGAUGUUGAUCCACGAUAUUCUGAUAGUGUUUCGAAAGCGCGAGUCGCCGCUUUGUAUUUGCCACUAUUGAAUAUUGUUAUGAAUGCUCUUCCACAACUUUAUCAUUGGGAUUCAAAGGAGAAAAGUGUUUACACUGAUGAUCAAGGUUCAAUAACUCAGUGUGUGGCGAUAGCAAUUGCAGGUGGAGCAUCAGCAGAAGUUGUUGGAGCUCAGUGUCGAGUGUUUCUUAGUUCGGAAGCCACUAGACAUCUUUUAAUGUGUACUCUUUGGCUUCUUAAAUCUCUCGAUAAAAGUGCUUUGAUGCAAUGGUGUUCAGAAUUAAGUGUGAGACGUCUUUUGAGUCUUCUUCAAGUAUUAAAUAUUUCUAAUGCAGCUUUCGAAUAUAAGGGAAAAAAGGCAUUGAAACGAUUACCACAACAAUCUUCAGCAACAAGUGAUAUUCGCUCAAGAUUGGAAGACGUUAUUCUUGGCCAAGGAAGUGCCAGAAGUGAAAUGAUGAUGAGAAGAAAGGAAAGAGUUGUUGGAGAUAAAUUGAGAUGGAGAAAGGAUCAAAUGCCCUACAGAUCUUCCGAACAACCUGAGGGAAAAGCAGUAGAACAAGAUGCACAUAUUGAAGGAGCUUUAGCAGCAGAAGCAUCACUCGUUGUAUUAGAUACACUAGAAACUGUUGUUCAAGCUGACGGUGGUGGAGGAGCCGUAAUUGGUGCAGUAUUGAAAGUUUUACUAAGAGCUUUAGCCAGAAAUCAAAGUACAACAGUACUUCAACAUAUGUUCAGUUCACAGAGAGCAUUAGUUUUCAAAUACCACAGUGCCUUGUUUGACGAGGAAAGUGAAAGAUGUGGAGAUUUGUGUCUAACUUUAUUAACUCGCUGCAGUUCUCCUUUGAGUGCAAUUAGAAGUCAUGCAGCAGCUAGUCUUUAUUUAUUAAUGCGGCAAAAUUUUGAAAUUGGAAACAAUUUUGCCAGAGUAAAGAUGCAAGUGACAACUUCAUUGUCUGCACUGGUGGGUCGUGGAAGAUCGUUAAGCGAAGGUGCUUUACGUCGAUCUCUUAAAACUGUUUUAGUUUAUGCAGAACGUGAUGUUGAAUUAGCGGAAACAAGCUUUCCUGAACAAGUAAAAGAUUUGCUUUUUAAUCUUCAUAUGAUUCUUUCGGAUACUGUGAAAAUGAAAGAAUUUCAAGAAGAUCCGGAAAUGUUGCUGGACCUAAUGUAUAGAAUUGCGAAAGGAUAUCAAGGAUCGCCAGAUCUUCGUGUAACAUGGUUGGCAAACAUGGCACAACAGCACAUGGAGCGAAAAAAUCACACCGAGGCUGCAAUGUGUCUUGUACACAGUGCAGCGCUUGUUGCCGAAUAUUUGCAUCUUUUGGAACCUGGAAGCAGUGGACGUCCAAUUGGUGCCGUGGCGCUUAGUUCAAUAACGCCUAAUGCAAUCGAAGAAAGUGCAGUUGGCGAUGAUGUGCUUGCCAGAAGGGAAGAGGGACUUUGUUUGGGUCCCGAUUUCUCUGAAAGUGGAUUAGCCGGCUUACUUGAACAUGCAGCAAGUUCUUUUUAUGCCGCUGGCAUGUACGAAGCAAUUCCCGAUGUCUAUAGAGUUUUAUUACCAAUUGCUGAGGCUGCUCAUGAUUACAAAAAAUUAGCAAACAUUCAUGGAAAAUUACAUGAAGCUUACCAGAAAGUUGAACAGUUAUCAGGAAAACGUGUUUUUGGCACGUACUUUAGAGUUGGAUUUUAUGGAGCAAGAUUUGGUGAUCUCAAUGGUGAAGAAUUUGUUUAUAAAGAGCCAACAUUGACAAAAUUACCGGAGAUAUUUUCGAGAAUUGAAAAUUUUUAUGCUGAUAGAUUUGGAGUUGAUAAUAUUGUUAUUAUUAAGGAUUCAAAUCCUGUUGAUAUGAAUAAAUUGGACACCGACAAAUCUUAUGUACAAAUUACUUAUGUGGAGCCAUAUUUUGAAAAUCAUGAACUGAGGCAUAGAUCUACAGUAUUUCGCAAAAACUUCAAUAUAAAGCGUUUUGUCUAUGCUACUCCAUUUACACCAGGAGGUAAAGCUCAUGGAGAAUUAAGGGAACAAUGCAAGCGAAAGACAAUUUUAACUGUCGCUACACAUUUCCCUUAUCUUAAGACACGAAUUCGAGUUGUUUCUAGAAAGCAAAUUGUACUCAGUCCAAUAGAAGUUGCAAUUGAGGAUAUACAAAAGAAGACAACUGAAGUUGCAGCAGCAACUGCUCAGGAACCUCCGGAUCCAAAGAUGUUGCAAAUGGUUCUUCAAGGUUGCAUUGGAACAACAGUGAAUCAAGGUCCAGCGGAGGUUGCUAUUGUCUUUUUAUCAGGAUUACAGGAACAAAAUGCACAACCAUCUCGAUUGCAGCAUAAGUUACGAUUGUGCUUUAAAGAUUUUUCAAAAAAAUGUCUAGAUGCAUUGAGAAGAAAUAAAAAUCUUAUAGGACCCGAUCAACGUGAUUAUCAACGUGAAUUAGAAAGGAACUAUCAAAGACUAAUUGAAAGAUUAACGCCACUUAUAGCUUGGAGAAAUUCACCGUCUGAUCUGCAAUAAAUUAUACAGUUUUACAUCUCUGAUGGACGUUAAAAGUUUUUAAAAAAAAACAGUGGUUAAAUUGUGUUGUAAUUUUUCAUAUUAAUAUAACAUUGGUAUUAUUACAUUGUAUUCGUAAACUAGAAGAGAAUUUAUUAUUUAUUAUAUAAAUGUAUUAUAUAUGUAAGCUUUUUGUAUUUCUUCUUACUUUAUAAGUAUUAUUACCAAAAAAAUAAAUAAAAAAUGCACCAUUUUGAAAAUGAA